UCAAGCCAGAAAUCAAAAUAUUUUCCAUUUCCUUCAGAAAACCACAUAAUACUCCUCCUCCUCCUCCGGAAGUUGUUAGACAAAUGACAGAAAAUUAAAAAAGAUUUCAAGCCAAUAAGCAGAUUAUGCACAACUCAAGGAUAUAUUACAUAAAAUGUCAAGGUCGAUUAUUUUUCAUUCAGCAUAUCUGGAAGUCAUUUGGAGGAAAAGGUGAAUAGUAAAGCCAUGUGGAGCAGACAGGAAUAUAGGCCUCUCCCUGUGAGGAAGAAAAUGGCUUGAAUGAAAGCACCACUAAACAAGGCAUUGUCACAAUUCCACUCUAGUAAUGCAUGAGUGGAUUGACUCCAAGGAGAAACUGUAUGAGUGUCUAGAUAGUGGGAAAAGCUUCAUUAGAUAUUUUCAUAUUAUGAGACACCAGAGAACUCACACAGAAGAGAAGCCCUUUGAUGUCCUGAUUAUGGGAAAGUCAAAAUUCCAGUCUGGUGAUAUACUAGAAGACUCUAAUAGGAGAGAAAAGCUUUGAAUGUCCUGAUUGUUGCAAAACUUUCAACUUGGUGAUACAUCAGAGGAAUCAAAAGGAGAAAACCCUUUCAAUGUCCUGAUUGUAGGAAGUUCCAGUAAUAAUUGCAGCUUUGUAAUACAUCAGAGGGUUCACUGCAGGAGAAACCCUGUGAGUGUUGAGAUUGUGGGAAAGGUUUCAAUACAGAUUUCCCCCUCUUCAGACAUGAGCAUGCACGCAGGAGAGAAAUCCUUUGAAUGUCCUAUCUAUGUGGAAACUUUCGCUCAGAAUUCCAACAUGAUGAUGCACCAGAGGACUCACACAGUAGAGAAACUCUUUGAAUGUCCUAUUUGUGGGAAAAGUUUUAGUCGCAAUUCCCACCUGGUAAUACAUCAGAGGACUCAUACAGGAGAGAAACCCUUUGAAUGUCCUAUUUGUUGGAAACGUUUUGGUAAUAAUUCCAACCUGGUGAAACACCAGAGGAUUCACACAAGACAGAAACAUUUUGAAUGUCCUAUUUAUGCAGAAACUUUCAAUCAGAAUUCCAACACGAUGAUAUGCCAGAGGACUCACACAGGAGAGAAGCUCUUUGAAUUUCUUAUCUGUGGGAAAAGUUUUAGUGAUAAUUCCAGCAUGGUGAAACACCAGAGGACUCACACAGGAGAUAAAUCCUUUGAAUGUCCCAUUUGUGGGAAAGGUUUUAGUCGCAGUUCCUACCAAGUAAUACAUCAGAGGACUCACACAGGAGAGAAACCCUUUGAAUGCCCUGAUUGUGGGAAAUGUUUCAUUACAAAUUCCAGCCUCAUGAGACACCAGAGGACUCACACAGGAGAGAAACCCUUUGAAUGUCCUGACUGUGGGAAAUGUUUCAGUGAUAAUUCCAGCCUGGUGAAACACCACAGGACUCACACAGGAGAAAAACCAUUUAAAUGUUCUAUUUGUGGGAAAGGUUUUAAUCGCAAUUCCCACCUGAUAAUACACCAGAGGAUACAUACAGGAGAGAAACCCUUUGAAUGUGCUAUCUGUGGGAAAAGUUUUAGGGAAAAUUCCAACCUGGUAAUACACCAGAGGAUUCACACAGGAAAGAAACCCUUUGAAUGUCCUGAUUGUGGGAAAAGUUUCAGACAGAAUUCCAACUUGAUGAUACACCAGAGGACUCACACAGGAGAGAAACCCUUUCACUGUCCUAUUUGUGGGGAAAGUUUUAGUCGCAAUUCCGAACUCGUAAUACACCACAGGACUCACACAGGAGAGAAACCCUUUGAAUGUCCUAUUUGUGGGAAAAAUUUUAAUCGCAAUUCCGAACUGUGGACUCACAGUGAAGAGAAACCCUUUGAAUGUCCUAUUUUGGGGGAAGGUUUUAGUCGCCAUUCCGCACUGAUGAUACAGCAGAGGACUCGCACAGGAUAG